GGAAAACAGGUCAUUGUUGACGCACCUCCUUACUAGGAUAUAUAGGUGGCGUUAUGUCGGAGACUUCAUUCACACCACGAUACACACUGUAAACAUUAAAACAUAACACGGAAACAGACGCAAUUGGCUUUUAAAAGUUUUAACAUGCGGAGCAGGUUGUUGGUGUCGAUGGCGCUGGUGGUGGUGUGCCUGGGUGAUGUCACACACGCCCGUCCCCGACAGGAGACACACCCAAAGAAGAAGUACCCUCCUCCUGGAAGCUUUAAGUCUCUCGACCCGCCGACAAACCUGACCAUAGACCAGAUUCUGACGAAGCAGUUGGGGGGCAUUGAUGUUGCCGCCCACAGGAUGGUUGCCCCUGGGGAGCACAUCCUUGCCGAGCUGGACAUGAUGCUGACUCAGGAACAGUUCCUCAACUUGUACCAGAUGCCCAGCAGCGACACGAGGAUGCACCCUACACCAGGCCGAGAGAAGCGGAAGGCGGCCCGAGACGUCCUACUACGGUGGACGGGAUCCGAGAUACCAUAUACAUUUGCCCCGGGUCACUUCGAUAAGAAGGAGAGGUAUAUGAUGAAGCAGGCGAUGACGGAGUGGGAGCGGUACACGUGCCUCAAGCUGAGACCCGCCCAGGCCGCAGAUCCCAACGUUGUCCGCUUCCAGAACGGUGAAGGAUGCAGUUCUCAGCUGGGGAUGGUCGGAGGUGUUCAGACCAUCAAUCUAGAAGCACCAGGAUGUAGAUUUAGAGGACUGUACCUGCACGAGGUCGGCCACGCCAUAGGCCUUGUCCACGAACACCAGCGUCCCGACAGAGACCAACACAUCCGGAUCCUGCUCCAGAACGUUGCCCCGCAUAUGCGCGUGUGGUUCAACAAGUACUCUCGAGACAAGGUGAACGUAUACGACGUGGACUACCAGUUCUCCUCCAUCAUGCACUACGGCAUCAGUGCGUUCUCGUACAACGGGCGGGCCCAGACUAUUCAGGCUAUAGACGCCGAGAAGGAGGAAGAGAUUGGGAAAGUGUUCCUCAAGGAGCUGGCCUACUCUGACGUCAAGACGGUCAAUCUCAUGUACAACUGUGGAGAGGGAUGUCCGACCAACAUCCGGUGUAAAGAUGGUGGCUUCCUGGACCAGACAUGUCGCUGUAUUUGCCAAGACGGGUCACGUGACUGCCAGGAGGGCAAGGCCACUCAAGCUGCCAAGGAUGAGACUUGCAACAACGUGUACGACGACUGGCAGUGCUAUAUCUGGGCCAACUCCGGGGAGUGUGACCGCAACAGCAACUUCAUGACCAAGAACUGCAAGAAGGCAUGUGAACUGUGUGGACCGAGGACCGAUGGGGCUGAUGAAGAGAACCAUUUCACCACAUGGGCGUGGCAGUGGUUCGGGAUUUUUACAAACAUUGUUCCCAAGGACUGGAUCAUAGGUAUAUGUAAAGAUAUCUACCCUGCCGAGAAGUGUGGCAAGUGGAGACAUCAAGGCGACUGCGCCAGCAACGAGUGGUGGAUGUCCCGGAACUGCAAGAAGACGUGCAACGCCUGUGCGAGUAAAGACACUCGACCUGAGACUAAGUGUCACAACAAGCACAACACCGUGGAGUGCGACAAGUGGGCGGUGGAGGGCGAGUGUCAGAUCAACCCCAAGUGGAUGGCCAAGCACUGCAGGAGAUCAUGUCAGUUGUGCCACACCUUUACCAACGACGACGACGACGAGGAGGAUAACCAGGACGAAGGAGUGUGUUUGGACCGCCACAGUGACAAGGCUGCUUGUAAGCGCUGGGCCAGCAAGGGAGAGUGCAGCGCCAACCCCGUGUGGAUGAUUCCCAACUGCAGGAAGUCCUGCAACAAGUGUGAAGAUGGAACGUGUAAAAAUGUGUAUGAGGAUCGCCAAUGCGAUAUCUGGGAGUCUGAAGGCGAAUGUAAGAAAAAUCCCAACUGGAUGGCAAGCAAUUGUGCCGUAUCAUGUAACAAGUGUUCAGAAACUGGAACUGGAACUGGUACAGGAACAGGAACUGGAACUGGAACUGGAACUGGAACUGGAACUGGAACUGGAACUGGUACAGGAACAGGAACCGGAACCGGAACUGGAACUGGAACUGGCACCGGAACUGGGACCGGAACUGGAACCGGAACUGGAACCGGAACUGGAACUGGAACUGGCACUAAUGGAACAGACCAAACAUGUAAAAACACCCAUAAUGAUGUAGAGUGCAGGACGUGGGCAAUCAAUGGCCACUGCGACAUCAACCCUUCCUGGAUGCUGACCAACUGUCGGAAGGCCUGUAAAGUAUGCCACACACAGACUAUCGUCCCAGAUGGGCUAUGCGUGAACAAAAACUUCCUGUGUGGCACGUGGACUAGACACGGCCACUGUGACAUCAACCCCGGCUACAUGCUGAACAACUGUCAGAAAUCCUGUGGAGUCUGCACUUUGGAUGAAGAGACCACAGGAGACACAACCGACGGCCCCACAAGUGGAUCUGCUGCUCUGUUAACACUUACAGUUGUCCCGCUAGCCAUAGCUCAUUACGUCUUAACAUGCCUCUGAGUUCUUGAACCUGUCUUGAAUCAUCUCCUUAAAGAUUCACUGUUACUCUGUCUCUCAGGCUAUAGGGAAUGUAUUAUGAAGAAGCCCACCUCAAGCUGAGAAAGAUGGGACAAGUCGAGAUACCUUCACCUCUUUUCGUGAAAGUAAGAAUAAGGAAUCUGGACGUCUUUUGGAAUUACUUUUUAUAGAUAUAGAUAUUCAAAUAAUAUAUCUUUAUUUCUAGGACUAAUUGUCUAACUCAUCAGUGAGAUACAGUAGCACUGCAGUAACAGUAUGGAGUCGAGGCAACCAUGGGCAACAGGAAGGAUUAUUUACACAAUCUAACAAUCUCCCUUAUUUGAACUCUUUACGAUCAUCAUUACAAAUAAAGUUAAAAAUAUCCACACGACUAACACUAAGACCUUUAACUAGGAAUCUUUAUGUUUAUUAUAUGUCACAGAUGAGAGAUUCUAAUAUUAGUUGAAAUACGUUUCACCACCCUUGUGGUCUCUUGGAUGGAAGGUCUGCUCGGAGAGUGGCAGGUCGGUAGUCCAGUAUCCUCGCCGUAUCAAAAUACGUUAAAACAUAAUUGCUUGCUUUUCUGCCUUGCAUUCGACAUUUAGGGGAUAAUACCAUUAGAACUCCGGGUUAGAACCCUUGGUCGGAAUUGGGUCUCUAUGUUUAAGCUGCGGCUAAGUGUGUCUCAGGGGUAAGUACAAUAACAGUGUUAUACGUCCAUAUGCACACACGUACAUACUAAGUGUAAAACUCUUGGGCGCGACUAGAAAACCCAUUACGCCUCAACUGAAAUAGGAUGGAUCUUGCUCCCAGUCUUUUCUUUAGAGACACUAUCCUUCUGAUGUUUGUAAUGUAUGUAUUGUCAUUACUGUUUGUCAUGAAUGCAUUGUCAUUAUUGUUUGUAAUGCAUGUAUUGAGACUAUUGUUUGUAAUGCAUGUAUUGUCAUUAUUAUUUGUAAUGCAUGUAUUGUAACUAAUGUUUGUAAAGCAUGUAUUGAGACUAUUGUGUGUAAUGCAUGUAUCGUAACUAAUGUUUGUAAUGCAUGUAUUGUAACUAAUGUUUGUAAUGCAUGUAUCGUCAUUAUUGUUUGUAAUGCACCUAUUAGCACUAGUGUUUGUAAUGCAUGUAUUGUCAGUAUUGUUUGUAAUGCAUGUAUUGAGACUAUUGUUUGUAACGCAUGUAUUGCCACUAUUGUAUGUAAUGCAUGUAUUGUCAUUAUUGUUUGUAAUGCAUGGAUCGUCAUUAUCGUUUGUAAUGCACCUAUUAUCACUAGUGUUUGUAAUGCAUGUAUUGCCACUAUUGUUUGUUAUGCAUGUGUUGUCAUUAUUGUUUGUAAUGCACGUAUCGUCAUUAUCGUUUGUAAUGCACCUAUUAUCACUAGUGUGUGUAAUGCAUGUAUUGCCAUUAUUGUUUGUAAUGCAUGUAUUGAGACUAUUGUUUGUAAUGCCUGUGUUGUCGUUAUUGUUUGUAAUGCCUGUGUUGUCAUUAUUGUUUGUAAUGCAUGUAUUGCCACUAUUGUUUGUAAUGCAUGUAUUGAGACUAUUGUUUGUAAUGGAUGUGUUGCCACUGUUGUUUGUAACGCAUGUAUUGAGACUAUUAUUUGUAAUGGAUGUGUUGCCACUGUUGUUUGUAAUGCAUGUAUUGCCACUAUUGUUUGUAAUGCAUGUAUUGCCACUAUUGUUUGUAAUGCAUGUAUUGUCAUUAUUGUUUGUAAUGCAUGUAUU